AUGGACCACGGGUUAAGGAGUGCAUUAGAUUUAAAAGCGCUUUAUGCUAAAAAGGAAGCAGUGCCCGAUUGUGAUCUAGUGAAGGCACUAAUCUACUCAGGUUCAAGGAAUGCUACCUUUGAGGUGAUGAAAGUUAUCAACAAAGCCCGAGGCACACCAAAAGGCGAGCACGAUCCAGACAGCUCUCUGAUCCGAAGGUACCAUUCAUGUAUCGGAAAUAAAGAGAAAGAACGUGGAAUUUUGGGUUAUACAAAAGACGAAUUCCCUCUGAUUUCCAUUUAUAAGUUGCAUUACAUCAAGAUUUUUGGAGAUGAUGAUUAUUGUGAAAGUGAAGAUUAUUUUGGAAUUGGUGAGGCAAGAACAAUAGUCAAUUCACUUGAUAACAUUAAGCAAUCACAGGACAUCGAGCAGGCUAUGGGUGGGGAUAUAAUUGAAGGAGGUGUCAAGCUUGUUUUUGAAUACCUCGAGGAAUGGAGGAAACAAGACAUUGCAUUACAAUAUUCGCAGAAACAAGCAAAGCUGUUAGAGAUGAAAAGAAAAGCUGAUGACAAGCGUGUGUUAGCAGAUGUCACAAACGUCAAACAAAUUCCGACUGGUCCUGCAGCAGCAACCAAGAAAAAGAGAAGGUCUUCAGCUCAGGUCAAAGCCGAUAAAGAAGCUGCCAUCCUUAAAGCUGAUUUCAAUCGGCGGUGUUUGAAAUGGAUGAAAGAGGAUAAUGUUCCAGCUGAUAAACUUGAUGAAAGAGAGGAGGCUUACCAAAACGAUUUGAAGCAACAGGCCAGUGGAAACGCUCAAGUUGAUUUUUGCGAUACUCGGCUUUAA